UUUGUACCCACCUGCCCACCUAUGCGUUGUCCGGGACAAGGUUCUCCUAUAAAAGUGUUGGAUCUCGGCGGCUGCGGCAUCAGUUCCACCUUCCCUCGAGCUGGAACAGCAGCUAGAAAAGCUCAAGCACCAAGAAUCCAAUUAAGAUGCGCUCCUUUGCCUUUGUGGUCUUCACCCUGGCCUCUGUGGGCCUGGUCACCCCGCUGAGCAACACCUACCUGCCCCCCAAGGUGGGUGCCCAGAGUGGAUACAGUGCGGCGGCCUCCAGCUCCUCGGGAUCCUAUGCAGCUCCUGCGGCCUCCUAUGCUCGCAGAGGUCACUCUGUGGCGGCUCCAUCCAGGCAGUACCUCGCCCCAGCUGCCUCGUCUGCAUCCCAAGGCAGCUACAGCUCGGCUGGCUCCUCCUACUCCGCUCCAGCUGUGUCCCAUGGAUCCUACUCCGCACCAGCACCCCAUGUAUCGUACUCCGCUCCGUCUGCCGGAUCCUACUCCUCCGCCUCGCAUACCAGCUACUCCGCUCCCGUGGCCGCUCCCUCCAGGAAGUACCUAGCUCCGGCGGCAGUAUCCCACAGCAGUUACUCCGCUCCCGUGGUUUCCCACAAGAGCUACUCGGCGCCAGCCGCCUCCCACGGAUCGUACUCCUCGGCAGGGUCUUCUCAUGGAUCCUAUUCCGCCCCAGCCGCCUCCCACACCAGCUACUCCGCCCCUGUGGCUGCUCCUUCCAGGCAAUAUCUGGCUCCAGCUGCCUCGCAGACCAGCUACAGCUCUUCCUACGCCAGUGCUCCAGCUGCGUCCAGCUCCUUUGGUUCCUACGCCGCUCCAGCUGUCUCCAGGAAGAGCUAUGCCGCCCCAGCCGUCUCCCAUGUGAGCUACGCGGCGGGUUCCAGCCAGGGAUCUGGCUAUGCCGGCAGUGUGGGCUCUAGCCAUGGAUAUGCCUCGGGAUCCAGCCAUAGAUUUGGCUCUGGUUCUAGCCAUGGAUAUGGAUCAGGAUCUGGCCACGGCUCGCUUCAGGGAUCCGGCCUGCGAUCUGGAUCCAGCUUCGUUUCGGGUCACAAAUCGGGAUCCUACGCUUCCAACGGAGGCUACGAGUACCGCCUGAAGCACUAAAAGGAUCUCUCUUUAAAAAUUACAACGAUUCAAUUACAUUUUGUACC